AUGUCCUCCGCCGCAGAUGCAUCGUUUUUCCCUCAGUUUCGUCGGUUUCCCAAAGAAAUACGUCUUUCCAUCUGGGAACACGCAAUUCCUGAGCCGCGCAUCGUUCACGUCGUUCAAGAUGCAGCUACACGAGCAAUGAAAUCAUACACUUCGAUCCCUACAAUCCUCCACAUCAAUCAUGAAUCGUUCUCUGUCGCUUCAAAACAAUAUCACCGUGCAUUUCGUUGCUGCAAGCCUGGACAGGACAAACCAGAUAAGGAUGUAUCUUAUGUGUGGUUCGAUUUUGAACGAGACUUUCUACUGAUUGAUUACACCAUGGCUGGUGAGCUUUGGCCCUCGUCAGAGGAUUGGUCUGCUACUAGUACGAAUCCUCUUCGUUACACUUCCGUAAGAUGGUUCCCGGAUGACGAGGUGAAGCGCAUCAGAAACCUGGCUUGGUAUACGAAUCCAUCCUGGGUUGCUGAGGAUGAACAUAUCUGGAGACUUUUUACUGGAUUGAGACAAUGGUUCCUGGUUCAAGAACUCAUGGGUUGUGGAAAUGUUUUAGAGCCACGCAGCGUCCACAACUCAAAACCUUCCAUUCGUAAGAUUGAACAGUAUCAUCUUGCACCUUCAUAUGACUUAUCGUUCUGGGAUGUAAGUGGCGAGGAAGAUGUCAAUUUUGAGCUAUGUAUGAGGUUAUUCGACAUAGCCAAGAAGGCGCCUCAACCUAUGUUAGAACCUCGAGAACUUCUUCGUUAUCCGACUACUACCUCGAGGCGCAUAAGACAGGCAUUGGAAUUUUCCAUAAACCGUUCGCAUCUCAAUAAUACACCUCUACCCGAGAUUACACAAAAAGUCAUGCUCAGCCCCAGCUAA